AACAAAAUACCACACAGUCCAAAUAAAUGUUUCAAACAUAAGACGAUGAUGUCGAUUAUAUUAAAUAUCAGACAUCAUGAGUCAUAAGUGGGAAGUUCAGCACAGGGACUGACCGGACUGAUAUUGAAUUAGAGGUUGUCUCAUUGCCAGGUGCGUUCAGCCUCAAUCAGAGGGCGUGGUUUCAAGUCACCUGAGGAAGCUUAUAAAUUGUUUCCGGUCGCUCAAUGGCUUGAAUGCAGAUGUCCUGAAUUUCCUGUAGCCAUGAGUUCUGCAAAGCCUUACAUUGGCUGUAAAAUAGGGUUAAUUUCAAAAGCUCAAAAUCGUUAUGAGGGGAUUUUGUAUACGAUUGAUAAAGUGAACUCCACAGUAGUGCUGGCAAAAGUCAAGUGUUUUGGAACCGAGGGACGACCCACUGACAGACCAAUGCCACCCAAAGAUGAUAUCUAUGAGUACAUCACUUUCCGGGGAAGUGAUAUUAAGGAUAUCACACUGUGUGAAGCUCCAAGAGCUCACCACGGCCUACCCCCGGAUCCUGCAAUAAUACAGUCAUCCAGUGCAGGCUCAGGCGUCUAUUCAGCUCGUGGACCAUUUAGCCCCCUAAGGAUGCCUGCCUACAACCAGCUUGCUGCCAGCUCUCUGCUUAAUCAACAGUAUGCUGCAGCUCUUGGUCUUGGGCAUGUACUUCCAGGCUUACAGGUUAGAAGAGGCCCGAUGGUGGAAAAGGCUGUUCAAACCUUCCACCUGGACAGAUUUAGGCAGAGGAGAGGUUCGACUGAAUCCCAGGAGCAGGAGCAGCAGUGGGAGAGAAGGAGGCCCCAAAGGACCCCAAGAGAGAGUUUCCAGACCAGAAGAGGCACUGGAGCUAUGAUGAAGUCAGGCCCAGGUCUGCCAAGUGCUCAGCAGGAAACUCUGCAGCAGUAUUCUGAAAACAGGCCACCACCGAGAAGAAGACAAGGAGCUCGGAGGCGCAGGAACCGUAGUAGAGGCCAGCUGAUGGUAGCUAAUGUUCCCUCUGCUACCCUUAAGUUUGACACAGACUUUGAUUUUGAUUCCUCAAAUGCCCAGUUUAUUAAGGAGGAGCUGGAGAGAGAGGUGAAGGACAGGAUGAAUAUGAAAGAUGGAAAUCAUGAGGUGGAAGUGAAGAAAAAAGAAGAAUUAAACUUGACUGCAGAGGAUGAUCAUUUUGGAUCAAAAUGCUACUACAACAAAGCAAAGUCUUUCUUUGACAACAUCUCGUCUGAUACGAAGUUCAGACUAACAUGGGCAGAAGAGCGGAAGCGCAAUCUGGAGACUUUUGGGGUCCCUGGACGGUUCCUGAGGAGCCAAGGCUUCAGAGGCGGAUAUACUGGACUGAGAGGACGGGGCACUGCUCAGACUCUGUCUUACAGAGCCAGGAGUGGACAACUGUAAAGGCCAGAUACCAAGGCACUAAAGCAACUCCAUCCUCCAAUAAUUCCCUUCUGUAUAACAAAUUGGGCUGUUACUCAUUACUAUGACCAAUAAAAACAGCCCUGUUGGCACUGUAGGAAUAAUUCUGUAUUUUCCCCCUGAGGCAGUUAUCCUGCCCUCAUAUUGCCAGGAUUGUAUUUUUAUUUGUCCUUUUUUUUCACUUGGCCCCAUUUUGAAUAUGGAUGCAUGGCUCAUUAAAUGGUUCCCUAUAUGUGACCAUAGUUUCCCCAUCAUGUUGCCAGAACGUUUUUUUUUAUUUUUUAUUUUUUUCAAAUUAAAAAUGGGAAGUGAAUGUUUAAGUUUCUGUUUUGUUUCUGCUAGUUGGAAGAUUUUUGCUCCUAAAAUGUAUUGCUUUCAUAUUUAAAGUAUCUGGCUUUUCUUUUUGAGUAAUCAUCCUAAUUUGUAUUCAAUUUGUCUAAUAUGUACAUGUGUUUAAGAAGGUGUAAACUAUACAUGUUAUCAACAUAAAAAUAACUGAAUUUAAAUGUAUUUAAAAGCUAAUGCUUGUGCUUUGCUUAAUUUUGUCUUAGCAACAAGUGAGACUAAUGUGAAUAAACUGGAAAUUGCUGA